AUGUCAUUGGGAUCUCAUCUCCCAGGCCCAGCGGGUGUGAAGGAGAGCCAGUGUGAGAGCCCAGGCGUGUCUGCACUGUUGGUGGCAUGUGUGGGUGGCAGCGGUGGCGAGGGUUCAGGCAGCCAGCGACUGCAGUGGUUCGCCUGCUGCACCUGCGAAGCCUGCUACCCCAGCAGAACAGGCUACCCAUGCGGCCCUUGCGACCAUUCCGAUCCCUGCCAACCCUGCGACGCGUGCUACCCAUGCCAACCCUGCGGCAGGUACGGGUCGUCGCCGGACCUCAGUGGAUUCUGCACGCCCAACGCAUUCCCCAGGUGGCGCCGCCUGCCCCCGCUUCCCCCCACCAACCCCCACUCCGACCCAGCCUGUUACGGCGCCGUCGCCGCUGCGGUUCCCGGAACCGGGAUUGCGAUCGUGGGCGGCGCGCUGCCUUCCCAGUCAGGCAGGCCGCAGCACGUGCGCCACGUGUCAGUGUUUGACUGGCACAUGGGCGCGUGGUUUGAUGUGCAGCAGCCGUGCAUGCUGCCCAGGUUGGACCCGGUGGUGGCUGCAAUCGGUGCAAUGGGUGCAAUGGGUGGGGGGGAAAGGGAUUGCCUCGUGGUUGUCGGAGGGUGUGCUGUGCCGUCUUUCCCGCGUGCGAGCACUGCUGGUUCAUGUGGUAGAGUUGCUUGGCAAGGCUUCUCCCAGCAACCACUCACGCCACCCAUUCCUGGGAAUGUGCACGAUGUGCAUUGA